AUGCCAGUAUUUACUCGUCUAUUGGUGAAUGAAAUUGAUCAUUUACUAUCUCCGUCAUAUUGGAUGCUGGGAGACAAGGGUUAUAUUGGUGGAAAUAGAAUUUUUGCACCAAAUAAGAAAUUGUCAAGGAAAGAGCCAUCAAUAAGAAACCCAAACAAAACUAUGAAAGUCAAAGUUCCGUUUACACCAGAACAGAAAGCAGAAAAUUCUUUUAUCAAUUCCAAUCGUGCUGUUGUAGAAAAUUAUUUUGGGAGAAUUAAAAAAUUCCAUUGCUUUGAAAAGGCAUGGAGGGGCUCAAAAGAAAAAUUGGAUUUGGCUUUCUUGGUUGUUAACUUAUAUUGUAAACAUUGA